CCGUGCCCACGGGCGCUGCCCACUCCCUUUGAUGCCUACAACCCCGUGCCGGACGACCGACCUCGCUGCUCUUGACAUCUGAGCAUCCCCGCCCGCCACCAUGAAUGGCUAUCCAUAUCCCACCCGGCCCUUCAACCAGGCCAACAAUGGGAACGUGAUGAUGAACAUGAACGGGGAUGCCAUGAACGGCUUCAACAUGGUCGAGGGCCAGUCGCUGGACUCAAUAGUCGCGCAGAACGACAAGGACAACCGCCGGCGGAGUAUGCCCGUCUACGCCAGAGGGCCGCAGCAGCAGCAACAACAACAACAACAACAACAGCAGCAGCAGAUGAAUCUUGGCAGCCCCGACACGCGCAGGUUGAGCAUGAUGAAUUUCGGAGAUCCCAAUGGGGGCGACAUGGACGAUUUCCAAUUCGAUAUGUCUACCGCGGCCAUGGACAACAUGAUGCGCAGCAACACCUUCCCGCGAACAACUGCCGACAUACAAAACGACCAGCUGCCUGCUGCGGACCUCAACAUCAACACCCAGUUCCAAAGCCAGGCUUCUCCGUUUCCAAACAUGGCCACUCCUGGCUCUGCAUACGCUUCGCCCAUGCACCAGAAGAAUUCUAUCGACCUGGACAUGGGAUCGUAUCAGAACGGCAUGACCAUGCCUCUGGACAUGGACGACUCGCUCAAUAUGAUGCCAACUGAUAUGAACAUAUUUCCCGGUAACCAGUUCAACACCCCCAUGUUAGAUUCUCCCCUCAACCAGGACUUUGUUGGGCCCAUGCCUGCUGCCCCCCAAGGGAAUAACACGCCAUCAGGACAAGCCCAGGACCAGUUCAAACGGCCUUCACUGAACAACACGCCCGAAGUCAAAUCAGGGAGAUCCAGCUUCCUCAGCCGUACCACUAGCCAGGACCAGUCCAGCAUGCGUUCUACUUCCCGGCCCCAGAGUGAACAUCGCUCCUCCAACAGUGUCCCGACACGCAUGACUUUGGCCUCACUACAAAAUCAGCAACCUAUCGGACAAGAUCCUGCACAAGACCUACCCAAAGAGGUCAUGAACAAACAACUGCAAGAUUUUAAAAUCCCAUGGCAGCAACCUGCAGGCGGAUUUCCGUCUACGAUGCAUCAAAAUCCUCACAUGAAGACGCAGUUCAAGAAUGCUUACUCGUCGACAGGAUUCGACAUGCUCGGAGUACUAAUGCGCGUAGCUACCAGACCUGACCCCCAGAUCGACAUCGGCUCUGUCGAUCUUUCGUGCGCUUUUGUCGUUUGCGAUGCCGAGCUAGACGACAUUCCUAUUGUUUACUGCUCAGAAAACUUCGAGCGACUCACCGGCUACACAAGACAUAUGAUUCUUGGACGGAAUUGCCGCUUCUUGCAGGCACCUGACGGAAAGGUCGAAUCUGGAAUCAAGCGAAACUACGUUGACGACGAUUCGGUCUACUAUCUCAAGAACAUGAUUGAGAGUCGUGCAGAAGCGCAGAUCAGCUUGAUCAAUUACCGAAGAGGCGGUCAACCGUUCAUGAACCUUCUGACCAUGAUUCCCAUCGCUUGGGAACCAGGCGGCAAAAUGAAGUUUUUUGUCGGUUUCCAGGUUGACCUUGUGGAGCAGCCCGGAGCCAUGACUAACAAGAACUCAGAUGGUUCUUACCGGGUCAACUACCAGCGCGGGAUGUCCAUACCGAGUUACGUUUUCAGCGACCACCACAAGCCACAACAAGCCGAACAAGGCCAGACCAUCUCCAAGGAUGAGGUGUCGAACGUACUCGCUGCGUAUAGCGGAAGCGGCGAUUCUGAGAUGACAAGACGUAUCUGGGAUAAGGUCCUGCUUGAGAACAGCGACGACGUCGUCCACGUCUUGUCACUCAAGGGACUCUUCUUGUAUCUGUCACCAGCCAGUAACAGGAUAUUAGAAUACGACCCUAGCGAGCUCGUCGGAACAGCGCUGUCGUCUGUCUGCCAUCCUAGCGACAUCGUUCCGGUCACAAGAGAACUGAAGGAGACUACCAAUGGCGCAUCAGUCAACGUUGUGUUCAGGAUACGACGGAAGAAGAGCGGAUACAUGUGGUUCGAAGGCCAUGGCUCCCUCCAUACUGAGCAAGGGAAGGGUCGAAAGUGUAUCAUCCUCGUCGGCCGUGAACGCCCAGUCUAUACUCUGAGCAAGGCUAUCGUACGCGAGUCUGGCGGCGUCGGUGAUAACGAGCUGUGGACGAAGAUGUCUACAUCAGGCAUGUUCUUGUACGUUUCGUCAAACGUGCGCCAGUUGCUCGAUAAGCAGCCUGAAGACCUUGUUGGCACUAGCAUACAAUCUCUCAUGCGCCAGGAGUCAAAGAUCAACUUCGGCCGGAUUUUAGAGCUUGCCAGAGGGGGCAGGAAAGGCGAGGUCAAGCAUGAAAUGAUUAACAAGCGUGGCCAGGUUCUGCAGGCUUUUACGACAAUAUAUCCUGGAGAUGCAACGGAGGGCCAGAAACCUACCUUCGUCGUUGGGCAAACGCGACUCCUCAAGUAUUCGCGGAAUAGCAAUGCCGGCCGCCCAUCCAUGUAUACAAAUACCAAGCAUGAGCGCGAAUCCCACAACUCUAUUCAUACCCAGAUGUCAGGAGCAGCAUCACCUGCUGCGGGGUCUUUGACUGGACCUGCUGGUUCAAACACGCCAAUGACGUCCAACACGAAUCCACUCUUCGUCACUACCGAGGAAUCUCCUGCUACAUUCGCUGGACACAAUGGCCUCCAGCUCGGCCAUCAAGAUCAAAGUCUAGCCUCAGACGACAACGUAUUUGACGAACUGAAGACGACGCGAAGCACAAGCUGGCAAUACGAGCUACGACAAAUGGAGAAGCGGAAUAGAUACCUAGCAGAAGAAGUCCAGAGCCUGUUGGCAGCCAAAAAGAAGAGGAAGCGCAGAAAGGGUGCUGGCCAAAUGCAGAAAGACUGUGCAAACUGCCACACGAGAACAACGCCCGAGUGGCGCAGGGGUCCUUCAGGGAACCGGGACCUUUGUAAUUCGUGCGGACUGCGGUGGGCCAAGCAGCAAGGGCGAGUAUCACCUAGAACAUCCUCCGCCGCAAGCGACAAGAGCAAGAAAAGCGCUUCACCGCGCCACUUCUCAACAAGCCACCAGAACCAUCAGACUAUCCUGCCUCAUUCGAUACCCGAGACCGGACAACAAUCCUCCAUCCCUUCGGCAAUGGCUCCAUCAACUAAACGAUCGCCGCAGCAAGGCAGUAUCAGCGAGUCUCAUGCUACUAAAGCAGCGCGCACGGAAGUUGCGGCUUCGCAAGGCUUCAUCCCGCCACCAGCGAUCGAUGAAGUAACGGAGCCGGAAUCAUGAGCAUGAUUGGUCGGAGCAUCCUCUUCUCUACUACUACUUCACGGUUUUCCUCUUCUGUUUCGUGUCAUUCUCCGCUUUGGUCCAACGAUACCCCAUUACUUAUAUUCCCUUUAACGAACUUCACAUUCGCUUGCCGAGAGCGAAUCGUCUUAUGGGGGAGUUUUUAGACUCAUA